AUGCCAGCAUGGAAAUUAGCUGCUGUAACAAUGGACAUAGAACGUUUAAAGUCUGAAAACAAUCAUUUGGAAUUGGACAACAAUUGCACAAAACAAAAACUGGAGAUAACAAAAAGCUUGCUGUAUGCAUCAAAACCAUUAGAAGGCACAUAUGCACAAUUAAUGAGUUUGGUGGAAAAUAAUUCAGCAGACAGUGAAUUUAUCGAACAAAUCGAAUAUUUUUGUCAUGUAUUUAAAAUCCAGUUUGAAUUAGUUAGUCCGAAAGAUCUCGAAUUUAUUCUCGGCUUGCAAUUAUUGCUAGCAAGGAUAAUGAUCGAUCAGAAGAAUUACGUACUGUUGCUAUGA